AUGGCAGUCUUCACUGUGACCAUCAGAGGACUGAGAGAAGAGGAUUCUGGGAAGUAUUACUGUGCAGUUGCUAAAUUUGCAAUAGAUUCCUACACUGAAGUGAAUCUGAAGGUUUUAACAGGCUCUUCUAUGAUCGUCCCUCUGGUUCUGGUUCUGGUUCUUCUGGUUCUGAUUGUCGCUGGACUCUUAUUACUGUUUCUCUGUAAGAAGCGUCACUCUCCAGGUGGUGAUUUGAAUUCUCAGACUGGACCAGGAAAACAUGAAGUUGUUUCUCACACUGGUUGUGAUUAUGAGGACAUUAAAGACACUCACAAACCAUUACCCACAAACCCCUCUGAUUCUUUUAACACUGUUUAUGCCACUGCCCAAUUACCCACAAACCCCUCUGAUUCUUUUAACACUGUUUAUGCCACUGCCCAAUUACCCACAAACCCCUCUGAUUCUUCUAAAGCUGUUUAUGCCACUGCCCAAUUACCCACAAACCCCUCUGUUUCUUCUGACACUGUUUAUGCCACUGCCCAAUUACCCACAAACCCCUCUGAUUCUUCUAAAGCUGUUUAUGCCACUGCCCAAUUACCCACAAACCCCUCUGAUUCUUCUGACACUGUUUAUGCCACUGCCCAAUUACCCACAAACCCCUCUGAUUCUUCUAAAGCUGUUUAUGCCACUGCCCAAUUACCCACAAACCCCUCUGAUUCUUCUAAAGCUGUUUAUGCCACUGCCCAAUUACCCACAAACCCCUCUGAUUAUUUUAAAGCUGUUUAUGCCACUGCCCAAUUACCCACAAGCCCCUCUGAUUCUUCUGAUACUGUUUAUGCCACUUGUAACAAGUAAAAUUAGGUACUGUUCCUUUAAGGUGGAACACACUCUGUUACUCCCUCACUGAUGAGUGGGCAGUCAGUAUGAGGAGUGUGAGCUGUGAACAUCACAUGUAUGCGUGUAAAGCCUGUUUUAUAUUUAUGUUGCUCUUACCCAGUUUUAUUUCUAUUCAGUAACGCAGUUGUUAGUGGAGUGUUUUGCAAACUGCCCCAUGUGUCGGUGGGAUUGAUGACGUUG